UGUCCACGUGGUUUUUUUUUGGUUUACGCCACCUACUCGUUGCUCUCCAUCAACGGAGGAGGGAGCGUCGUGGGCACGUAACUGUGGCAGGCAUAGUGGAGGAAAUCGGCGUCCUUCUCUCUGCUUUGAUCUCCUCGCUCGCUAUUUUGGCGUUCUGGGUGGUGGAAGCUCAGUACAAGGUUUGGUGGUCGUAAAUUGGGAGCUCCCUGUGGAUGGGUUCGAUGAGGGAAGACGACAAUUUGGGCCGGAUGGAGACCUACCAGGAACCCAUCAUCUACGUCAAUGGCGUCAGGCACGUGUUGUCUGACGGGUUUGCUCAUAUCACCCUCCUUCAGUAUCUCAGAGACUUAGGGCUUACUGGCACCAAACUGGGCUGUGGUGAAGGUGGUUGUGGCGCUUGUACUGUUCUCCUAUCUUACUAUGAUCACCAUUUAAAGAAAACCAUGCACUAUGCUGUUAAUGCAUGUUUGGCACCACUUUAUUCUGUAGAGGGAAUGCAUGUAAUUACUGUGGAGGGUCUUGGAAACCAUCAACGUGGUUUGCAUCCAGUCCAGAAAUCCUUGGCCUAUGCUCAUGGAUCUCAAUGUGGCUUUUGCACUCCUGGUUUUGUUAUGUCCAUGUAUGCUUUGUUGAGAUCUAGCAAAGGGAAACCAACUGAAGAACAAAUUGAAGAAGCACUUGCAGGGAACCUAUGUCGAUGCACUGGCUAUAGGGCAAUAGUUGAUGCGUUCAAGGUAUUUGCUAAAAAGGAUGAUCCAAUGUAUACUCAUCAUUCAUCGCCUGGUAUCUCCAGCAAUGCAUUUGUUUGUCCAUUGAGUGGGAAACAGUGCACUUGUGGAGCCAUGUCUGCAGGCUACCCCGAAACAUCUAGCAUGGACGAAGUUUGUUCUACGAAUUAUAAACAUAUUGCCUGUAGUGAAACUGUUGGGAGCUCAUAUUCAGACAAGGAGCUUAUUUUUCCUCCAGAGCUUUUGUUGAGGAAGAUGGUUCCCUUAAGUUUGUCUGGGUUUGGUGGGAUUAAGUGGUUUCGUCCACUUAAUCUAGAGCAAGUAUUAGAUUUAAAGUCAAGACAUCCUGAUGCUAGGCUAAUAGUUGGCAAUACCGAGGUUGGAAUAGAAACAAGGUUUAAGGAUGCUCGAUAUCAAGUGUUAAUUCUGGUUGCUUAUGUGCCAGAACUUUGUGCAUUAGUUGUGAAAGAUGAUGGAUUAGAAAUUGGUUCUGCUGUGAGGCUGACAACCCUGUCAAUUGCUCUUAAGGAGGUCGUAUCGAAGCGGAGUUUUCAUGAAACUUCAGCAUGCAGGGCCAUACUUGAACAACUAAAGUGGUUUGCUGGGAAUCAGAUAAAAAAUGUUGCUUCAGUUGGUGGCAAUAUCUGUACUGCAAGUCCAAUAUCAGACCUGAACCCACUUUGGAUAGCUUCCAGGGCGGAGUUCAGAAUAGUUGAUUGCCAGGGGAACACUCGAACAACUUUAGCAAAGAAUUUCUUUAAGGGCUACCGCAGAGUUGAUCUAAAACAUAAUGAGAUUUUACUGUCGAUUUUCUUACCCUGGACUAGACACUCUGAGUAUGUGAAAGAGUUCAAGCAAGCACAUCGGCGAGAUGAUGACAUUGCACUUGUAAAUGCAGGGAUGCGUAUUCUUCUCGAGAAAAAUGGUAUGGCUGUGAAAAUUUCAGAAGCAUCUAUUGUUUAUGGUGGUAUUGCUCCCGUUCCGUAUUUGGCAACAAAAACUGAGUUUUUCCUCAAGGGAAAAGACUGGGGUCCAGACCUGCUAGAUGGUGCUUUAGACACUCUAAAAGAUGAGAUGAUUUUAGCAGAUGAUGCACCUGGUGGAAUGGUUGAAUUCCGCAAAUCUUUAACAUUGAGUUUUUUCUUCAAGUUAUACCUGUGGAUUACUGCUGACCUUGAAGCAAGUGGUUCUAUCAUUCGGUGCUUGCAACCUUCUUAUUUAUCAGCUGUGCAGCCUUAUAAAAAGGUGACAACAAAAGGAGUUCAGAAUUAUGAAAUUGUAAAACAUGGCAAGCCUGUUGGCUCUCCUAUUAUGCAUCUAUCAGCAGAGAUGCAGGUCAGUGGGGAGGCAGAGUACACUGAUGAUGCACCAAUGCCUUCAAAUGGUCUACAUGCAGCACUAGUACUGAGUAGUAAACCGCAUGCUCGUAUCCUCAGCAUUGAUGACUCUGAAGCAAAAUCCUCACCAGGUUUUAUGGGAUUGUUUCUGGCAAGGGAUGUACCAGGAAGUAACAAAAUCGGGCCAAUUCUCCAUGAUGAGGAGCUUUUUGCAUCUGAGUUUGUAACAUGUGUUGGCCAGGUCAUUGGCAUUGUUGUGGCUGACGCACAAGAAAAUGCAAAGUUUGCAUCCAAAAAAGUAAAAGUUCAGUAUGAAGAACUGCCUGCUGUUUUCACCAUAAAAGAUGCCGUUAGAGAGAACAGUUUCUACCCAAAUGCUGAGAUAUUUCUGCAUAAAGGAGAUGUAGAAUUGUUUCUUGGCUCUGGAUCAUAUAUCAAAUUUAUAGAAGGUGAAGUGCAAGUAGGAGGCCAGGAACAUUUCUACAUGGAGCCUCAAAGCAGUCUUGUGUGGACAGUGGAUGGUGGCAAUGAAGUUCAUAUGGUAUCUUCUACCCAAUCUCCACAAAAGCACCAGAAAUAUGUUGCACAUGUUCUUAAUCUUCCAAUGUCCAAAGUUGUUUGCAAAACAAAACGCAUUGGUGGCGGUUUUGGUGGAAAGGAGACAAGAUCAGCAUUCAUUGCUGCUGCAGCAUCUAUUCCGGCAUACCUUCUGAGAAGACCUGUAAAGCUGACAUUAGAUAGGGAUGUUGACAUGAUGAUCACAGGCCAACGACACAGCUUUUUGGGCAAAUAUAAGGUUGGUUUCACAAAUGAAGGCAAGGUUCUUGCUCUGGACCUUGAAAUAUACAAUAAUGCAGGAAAUUCUCUAGAUCUGUCUUAUGCUGUUCUUGAACGGGCAAUAUUCCAUUCUGAUAAUGUCUAUGACAUACCUAAUGUGAGAAUUAGAGGGAAAGUUUGCUACACUAAUUUGCCAAGUAAUACAGCAUUCCGUGGAUUUGGAGGACCACAGGGCAUGCUAAUCACGGAGAACUGGAUCCAAAGAAUUGCUAUGGAACUCCAUAAAAGCUCAGAAGAGAUAAGGGAAAUUAAUUUCCAACAUGAGAGAUCUGUAACACACUAUGGCCAACCGCUUGAGAACUGCACUCUUGGAAGAGUUUGGGAUGAACUAAAAACAUCUUCAGAAUUCGUUAAAGCUCGUGAUGAUGUAAAUCAGUUUAAUGCAGAAAACCGUUGGAGGAAACGUGGAAUUGCAAUGGUUCCCACAAAAUUUGGCAUAUCCUUUACAACAAAGUUCAUGAACCAGGCAGGGGCGCUUGUGCAAGUCUACAUUGAUGGAACUGUUUUGGUAACACAUGGGGGUGUUGAGAUGGGCCAGGGGCUGCACACGAAGAUUGCCCAAAUUGCAGCAUCCUCCUUCGAUAUCCCUGUCAGUUCAGUCUUUAUAUCAGAGACAAGUACAGAUAAAGUGCCUAAUGCAUCACCCACUGCCGCAUCUGCAAGCUCUGAUAUGUAUGGGGCUGCAGUUUUGGAUGCUUGUGAACAAAUCAAGGCACGCAUGAAACCUCUGGUUUUAAAGAAUAAGCAUAAAUCCUUUGCAGAGCUUGCAAAUGCCUGCUUUAUGGAAAGGAUUGACCUAUCUGCUCAUGGCUUUUACAUUACCCCUGAUAUUGGAUAUGAUUGGAAGACUGGGCAAGGGAAGCCAUUCAGUUAUUAUACCUAUGGUGCUGCAUUUGCUGAAGUAGAAAUAGAUACACUAACAGGCGAUUUCCAUACAAGAUCAACACAUAUUGUUAUGGAUCUGGGAUGUUCAUUGAAUCCUGCAAUUGAUGUUGGACAGAUCGAAGGAGCUUUCAUACAGGGAUUGGGAUGGGUUGCAUUGGAAGAGCUCAAAUGGGGGAUGCAUCAUAAGUGGGUUAAAGAAGGCAUGCUUUAUACUCGUGGGCCAGGAAGCUACAAGAUCCCAACUGUAAAUGACAUUCCACUCAAGUUUACUGUGUCACUGCUGCAGGGUGUACCAAAUAAGAAAGCAAUACAUUCAUCUAAAGCAGUUGGAGAGCCACCUUUCUUCCUUGCAUCUUCAGUGUUUUUUGCUAUCAAAGAUGCAAUUGCAGCUGCAAGGUUAGAGGCAGGAUGUACUGAUUGGUUUCCUCUUGACAAUCCAGCUACCCCAGAACGUAUACGGAUGGCAUGUGCUGAUGACUUCACAAAGCCAUUUGUUGGCCCUGACUUCCGUGCUCAACUCAGUAUAUAAGGUGUUACAGAUGAUGUGAAAGAAGUGUAAAAUAAUUCUUGUGGUUCUCUUUUUCCAUUGGAAAAGUAAUUGAAGGUUAAACAGUACAAAUGAGAUGUAGGUGAAGUCGCAAUGUCAAUCCGGAGGUAACUAAAGUUUUCCAUCUAUCUUAAAGCGUCAGUGCCAUAUUUUCUUAAACAGAUUUACAUGAAAGAAUAGCACGCUCUGACGCUUAACAAUAACCCUCAUAAAAUAUUACCAGGGUGGGUGGAGAAGAGUUAGACUGGUUACCCAUGUUUUGUUUGAAAAGGGUGGACUUUUUUUCUUUUUAUUUGGGGAUGUUUUCCUUGUAUGUUAUCCCGGGGGUCGGCGAAGAGUUGUACCUGGUUAAGAGUGGAUGAUAUGUACAGAUUUCCCCUGUGUGUUCGGAAUGAAAGGGACGGUCUCUCUCUCUC